AUGGCGAAUUCAUUAUCGGAAAUCGAGCCGGUGGUUAAGGAGAUGUGCAGAAACGCUGGUGUGCCAGGUUUGGCGAUUGGUGUUAUUCACGAUGGUAAGGUUGCCUACGAGUCUUAUAUAGGUCAUCGUGAUCUUGAGAGUAAUCUUCCCGUUGAUUGCAACACAUUGUUCUACGUCGCAUCAUUAACGAAAGCGAUGACGGCAACAUGCUUGGGAAUCUUGGUCCACCAACGGAAGCUUGAAUGGACAACACCAGUUCACGAGAUUCUCCCAGACAUGUCGAAAUCGACAGAGAUCUUUGAAGCCAAGCUAACUGUCCUGGAUAUUUUGAGUCACCGCACUGGAAAGGCCUGGUCAGAUGCGCUUUAUCUGGAGUCAAACAACCGCAUCCUGCUUCCGAAACACGAGUCCAUCCCAAUCUUCGACUACCUUCCUCAGGUGGAGCCAGUCCGAAGUCGUUUCAUGUACAAUAAUUAUGCGUACAAUAUUGCGGGUCUUGUUAUCGAGAAGCUAUCCGGCGUGAGUUGGGGCCAGUUUAUCAAGGAUAAUCUUUUCAUCCCUUUGAAUAUGAGACGCUCAUUUGUCUGCCACCCAGACGACGACAAUAUAGCGGCACCAUACAACAUCCUAACGAAUCGAUCUGCUCAUAGAUUGCCGUUUUGCAACGCAUCAGACGAGACAAUGAUGUUCGCUGGCCAGUCUGUUCGGACCUGUAUGUCUGAUCUCCUCAAAUACUGCACAACUUAUUUGGAUGCUUUCGGGGCCAUGAUUCCAAUCGUGCGACAAAAUUCUACGUCCACUCAUGACAAUCUCCUUAGCCGAGCCUCGAAGCUCUUGGUUAGCCUAGCAAAUAGUGCUAAGAGGCCUUCCGAAUAUCAAGUUCAAAAAUACGAGCAAGAAGAAUCGCAUGGAGGAGCAGCUGCCAGUCCAAUUAAGGAAAUAGCAACUAUCGCGAGACCUCACAUAAGUCGUCCAGUGGCGAACAGUAUUCUGGAGCAGACGUAUGCCUUGGGAUGGAACAGGACCCAACUCCCCGGUGCCCUCGACUUUGGUUGGAAUCAAGAUAUGUUACAAUCAUUCCCGUUACUCGGUGAAGGAUAUGCCGGCAAACUCGCAAUUUGGCAUGGCGGAAACAUGCCAGGUACCACAAGUGCUAUACUUCUGAUACCAGAGACGAAAUCUGGCGUAAUCGUCUUGCAAAACUCCCUUGGUCUGUGUGAUGUGACUGACUGGACAAGUCAGCUUGUCAUGGACAUGCUUAUGUUGGGACAUCCCGCACAUGAUUAUGCAACCCUGGCAGCUCAGUGUGUUGAGGGGGGCAUUCAACGGAUGAUAAAAGUCGAGGAGAAGCUCUCAAGUGAGCAAAUUACGGGGACUAAGUCUCGACCCCUUGAUGCUUAUACCGGUCGAUAUAUGAACUGCAUAAAUAAUUGGUACAUUGACAUCAAGGAUAUCCAAGGGCAGCUCUAUCUAGAGUUCUUAGGCCGCGAGGAUGAGCGAUAUCAGUUGCGGCACUAUCACCACGAUACAUUUGUGUGGAAUCUUUCAUAUGAUGAGAUAGUGAAGCGGGGGCAGUAUGUUCGGUCUUACGAGUAUUACAGACUGGAAUUUGAGAUUUGGGGUGAUAAUGACAAAUUUUCGCAGCUGAGAUGGCGGCAUGAUAAAUCUGUUCCACAAGGAGAAAUGUUUAGCAGAGGGAUUAAAUCUCCAUAG